GAACAGAGACUGGCUAUUGUAGAACAACAAAAACAGAACCAGCUUCUGAAAGUAACAGCGUGGAGAAAACAGUGGUGAAGAAAACCGAUGACAUGACAGGCUUCAUGGAUGACUUAACCCUCAGCUCACCGAAGAAGAGAGAAACUUCUUUGAGAUCCAGGAGAAGUUGUGAUAGGUCAUCAACAAGGUCAUCCAGCAGAUCCUCUUGCAGCUCAGAGUCCAGUUCAAGCAGUUCCUCCUCAGCUUCCUCCAGGAGCUGGAGCCGAUCCAGAUCAAGGUCAUGGGCCAGAAGAAACAGUUCCAGGAGGCACAGGAGAUAUUCUCGUUCCUACUCCAGAAGCCGUUCCAGGUCCCGUGGCCACGGGAGGUACCGAGGGAGGUACCGUGUCAGGCACUACCGGAGGUACCACCGCUCCCCUCCGAGGUACAGGUCACGCAGCAGGUCGUGGUCUCGUGGAAGAUCUUACUACAGAAGGUCCUAUUCAAGAAGCAGAUCCCGUUCCAGAGGCUGGAGAUACUAUGGAUUUGGGAGAACCAUCUAUCCUGAGGUUUACAGGAGCUGGAGGAGCAGGUCCCGAUCAAGAUCCCGGAGUAGGUCACCUCUCCAUUUGAGUGAAAAAGAGAAGAGGGAGCUUCUGGAAAUUGCAAAAGCUAAUGCUGCAAAAGCUCUGGGGACUGAUAACAUAGUCUUGCCAGCAAGCUUGAAGAUCCUUACUCCUUCCAAAGAGAUAAAAAAUGAAAAAAAAGAGCAUGAAGCUGCUGGAGAGUCAGCUGAGGAGACCAGAAGCCUGGCAGAAGACAUGACCAAGGGUGGAGUGGAACGAGCAGCCAUACAGAGAAGCAUUUCUUUCAGUCCUAACAAUACCAUGGCAAAACCUACAGUCCUACAGAAAACAGUGAGCCAUGUUGUUAAAGAACCAGCAGUUUCUCCUGCAAGAGAAGAAGACAGAAAGGGAAGUCCCUAUGGGCAGUGGGUUCCUGUCAAGAAGGAGGAGAAGAAAACAUUUUUAAACUUCUCACCUAAAAGUGCCCCAUUCCGGGCCCGCUAG